AAUGGCCGAAAAAAGCGAUCAAGAAAAGAACGCCUCUCCUGCAAAAGACGGAGGAAGCCACACCAUUCCAUUAGAGGAUGAAGAUAAAGUAACACAAGAAGGACAAUUUGUCGGAGCAACAUUGGAGCUAAAUGACAGCAACAAAACCGCGUCUGAUUCGGUGACAGUCAAUUUUGCUGGACCUGUGUCGGACAACAAGUCUCCAAAACAAACUACAACAACAACCAAUUCGGCUGCUGGAAACCAGGAAGAGGGCAGUGGAUUCAAUAGGAACCGUCCAGGCUCUGUGAUUGGAGGCAGAAGUGUCCAGAGUACAUCAAGUAGAACGUCAAUGAGACCUGGUUGUAUCAAAUCAGACGGAGAAACUAAAAGUUACUUUAGUUACAAGGUAGCGGGAAUGAAUUUUAAUAUUGCUGUAGAUGAAUGUAGGAAACAUAUUAAUGAUGAAUUGGAUGGUAAAUAUAUUGGAAGGUGGUUGCUAUCUGAAAUUGACCACUGGAAUUUGGAUAAAGAGAAGUUGGUAAUAUUAACUGACAAUUCUAUUUUGGUAUUUAAAUAUAACUUUAUUACGCAAGUUUUAUUUGAGUUUAAACGUAUAAUGUUACAUGGUAUUGAUACUAUAGCUAUUGGUGACUUCAAAUACCCUGAUUACUCUGUCAUGCCUGACAGAAAACAUGGUGGAAUCCAGAUUCGCUGGAAUAAAGGUCAAGAACCAACAUUCGGUCAACGCUGGAAUCCCUGGUCCACAGAUAUCCCAUGGUUGUGUUUUGCUCACCACCCUGUACUGUAUCAUCCUAAAGAGAACGAAACUACAACUUACAAUGUAGAUGAUUUCUAUGAGAGUUUGGUACAGGCUGCUAGUAAAUGUUUUGAAGAGAAACGUCCUGGAGAAAAUAUCACAAUUGUUGAAGGUCCAAUACUUAUUAACAGCUACGCUAGCGUUGCAGCUGUCGUACAUAACCAAAGUGGUAUCGGUUUCUUUAGAGAUAGAAAUGGUAUUUGUUAUUGAAAUUGUUAAAAACCAAACAUCUAUUUUGCUCACUUAUUUUGUGAAUUUCGAAAAAAUAAAACCAUUAGUUAUUUGUGUCAAAUGAAAUCAUUCAUACAAUAAUUUUCCAUCAUACUUGGACUGUGUUAGUUCUCAAUGGCCAAUUGCUUUUACUACCUAUAUAUUAAUUGAAAUUAGGAGAUCCUUUUUUGUAACAUCUAACUUACUAUCACCUUUAAACAUUUAUAUUUCAAUUAAUUCUGAACUAAACUGACUGUUCUGUUUUAUUGAUUACAAAAUGUACACAACAAUUCAUAGUGAAAUUGAUCACCAGUUCACAUAUUUCUACUGUAUUCUAUUUUAACAAAGUUCUAAUACAGAAAUGCCUGUAAAUUAUCCUACCCACAAAUUUAUGAGCAUAAAUUAGACUUUUUCAUAAAUAUAAAAUAAAUAUUAUAUUCGUUAUUAAUCCUUUUGUCAGAAAUAAAGAUUAAAUUGAACAAUAUUUUGAUAAUAAAUAUUUAUAUUUUGAUUAUAAUAACGUUACUAUAGUGAAGAUUGUAACAUUCAAUUUACACUGUUACUUGUUUGUGCAUCACCAUCUAUUUGUUUACAUUAUUAAUUGUUGUAUUUAAAUUAGAUUAUAACAGAUCUCAAAUCUACUUGACAAUAGUUUUGAGAUCUCUUUGUUCAUGCACAGAAAAAGGCAGAUUAUAAAUUAGACUGUGCCUUUUUUUUUGAAAAUUUGAUAUGUGAUGUUAAAUGGUUAAUGCAAAUAUUUGAUAUAUCUUAUUGUGAUGUACUAUUUCUUAAUGUUCCUUAUUAUUUUUUUCUGUUAUAUGAUAAAUAUGUAAUCAAACUAAUUUAUUUUCAACUUAUAUUUCUUAUGAAAAGAAUCAACACCUCUUUUACAACAUAAAACUUUUAAUAUGAAAUUUAUAAACCUUGAAAGAUCCAUGACAUUGGCUACUUAUUAGUACAACAUGAAACCAGUUCUGACACUAUUUAUCUUAAGCAAGCAGAUGCUAUGGAUGUAUUUACCUAUUUAUAAAACCAAUAUGUUUUAAUUUUCUUACAUAUUAUUAUUAUUAGAUGUUAAUAUAUUAUUAUUGAUUAUAUAAUGUGGGUUCUAUGUUGAUCACUUACUGUUGAAACUACAUAGGGUGUAUGGCUUUUCUUGUUGGACAAACAGGUAGUAGGUUAUGCACUUUACUGAUAUAAACAGUUCUAAUGUCCAAAACUUGUUGCCUCAGAUAACUGCUGAUGAAAGAUUUGACCAGCUUGAGCCUGACAAACUAUAAGAUUUGUUUAAAGAUUCUCUGUAUUCACUGGUAUGGAUGAAUUCAGCCCAUUUUACAGGCAUCAUUUUGAGAAGUCAACAAGACUUGGACCUGAUUUAGUAGUUGUUCAAUGAAUUUGAUUUCACAGACUAUGCUUGAAUUAAUUGUUGAUUUUUUUUAUUUUUUUUACAAAUUCUUGUUGAUCUUUAUGUCUUAAUGUUUUUUUAAAGAGGAAAAAAGUUAAAAGAUAUUUGAUUGCUGAAAACAUAAACAUUAAAGUUGUGUAAAUAGCACUGAUGAUAAAACAUACUAGUUCCAAUUGCUAUUUAAUCUUGUACAACUUGCAGUUUUGUUUUUGUGCACAUAUAUUGGCUUGUGUGUUGUGAUGAUAUUUUAACAACAAAAUUUGUUUUUUCUGCAUAUAUUGGUUGAUAUUGUUCAGGAUAUUCCACUAUGCAUCUUAUAUUACUCUGAAGACUGUAUAAUUUGUGUGUUCACUGCAUAAUUUAGUUAAUUUUUCACUUAAUAGAUGCAUUUAUAUUUAACUGCUUUGAAUUAUGAUCAUAUUUUAUAUUAUACCUCACAGACAAAGCAGCAAAAUAGUAGUUAAACUUCCAAAAUAAUAAACCUUCUUAGAAUUGAAAUGGCACAUUUAACUAUUUAAACUACCUUAACUUUAUAAUUUGGAGAUCUAUGAUUGGUCAAUAUGUUAGAAUCAUUUUCUUUGAAACAUUUUUUGACAAGAAAAAAAAAAAAUUUUUUCAAUGUAUCAAUUUCUUACAAAUUAAAUGUGCCAUUAUUGUUGAAAUAAAAAUUUUUCCUAAAAUAUCUCUUGGUUAUUUCAAAUAGAUUUGUUUGAGCAUUUCAUGUUCAGUAUUAGAAAUUAGUUGAAGUUGUUUUAUUAUCAUAUUUUAACAAGCCUAAGCCUUGUUUGAUGACAACUUUUAAAAAUGUAACCCAAGGAACAUUCCAUUUUAUGGCAUAGUGCCAUGUAGUCCCUCAUAUAAUGUGUUUAAAAACCACUAAUUGCUUAUUAUUAUUAUUAAAUUUGAAAGGUCCAUUACAAUAUUGAUUUUGAUGUUCGAUAUUAUUAAUUAGUUGUUAACACUUACAAUCUGUGAUUUCUCUGUUGCAUAAUUUUCAAUAAGUGUGUUUCAAUAUAAAUAAACCAUACUUUUUGUCUGUGA